AUGCCCGACUUCUUCCCCUUCAUCCCGGGCACGGAAACCUCACGCACCGCGCGUCAGCACCACGCCGAUGCGUCGCCUCUUUUGGGCCGGUUCCGUGCCGUACCACGACAAGGGCGAGCGCGGCGGUCGAGCGGCGGAUCGCAGCUGGGCCUGCUGGCGAGUGGGGGACGGGGCAGCGUACACGUCGGAUAUGGAGCUUUGAUCACGGCUGGGCUGGGAGACGACGCGGAUGAGGAUGGUUAUGACAGCGAUGAAGAUGAGGACGAGCUUUGGACUUCGCGUGUGUGUCGGAAGUUUGGGAGGCAGGUGCAGGAUCUUUGGGUUGCGCCGAAACAAAGUGCGGUGAAGAGGGUGGUGGAGAGUUGGUGGAGUCGUUGGGGGGUGUUGGUUUUCUUGCCGGCUGCUUUGGCAGUGGCAUGGUGCGCGAUCCCGAUUCCCAAGUACCAGCUACGAGAGGGCGACCCCGACUCCACAAACCCCGAGUCGCCCAUCGACCAUCGCGCCCCUGGCCACGGAUCGGCGCGCGUACAGGUCAACUUCUGGUUCUUCCUCUUCGUAUACUAUGGCUUCUACAAUGUGACGGCCUUGAUAUGGAUCACCAAGGUCUUCAACCUGUACAGCCUGAACUGGUGGCCGUCGACGCUGGGCUUUCCCUUGACGGUGUCGCUGAUUGCCAUCAUCAGCAUCGCCGCCCCGAUACCUGUUUAUAUGGUGCCCGAGCUCAAAUGGCUGACCAUCCACAACACGGCCUGGAUCUCCUGGACUUUUAUCAUCAUGGCAAUGCCUGUGGCUAUCGCCUUCUGCAUCAUGAUGAUGCACGAGAGACACCUGGGCCUGCGCCACUCCCUAUCGGAAACCCAGCGCAUCUUCACGUCCUCGUGGUGGACGGGUGAAACCGAGACACUGUCGAGUCGGAAUACGCGUCGCCGGAACGGGCUGAACAACAGCUCCUUUGACCUCAAUGCCUCUUUGCAGAUUAGUAGUGACGCGCAGAACCGGGUGCCCGCCUUUAUGCGGGGCCGAUGGUUGCCAGCAAGCUUCGUGCGCUUCGUGUGGUUCUGUCUCGCUCUGACCGUGGGUCUCCUAGCCUACUUGAUAGGAGAGGCGUAUGCCGAGAUCUAUCUACGGACCCUGCCACACAACAACUUGGAGACCAUCAUCUACGUCUACAGCUGGGUUGUGACUGUGCAUUUGCUCGAUGCUCUGACCGGCUGGAUCCUCGGUGUGAGCGAAGGGGAGAGAGUCGGGAGCUAUCCCCUGAGCUGGAUCUUCAAGCUAUAUUUCAUGCUGACCUACCAAACCUACGUGCGAGCCCUAUACGCACGCCUCCGGUCGCCCUCUCAAUUCAUAAUGCUUCAAAUCCUCUCAUCCAGCUCUCUCAUCAUCCUGACGCCCAUCACCAUGACAGCGACCUACCAUCGCAUCCUCUGCUUCCUGGGCCUUACCGCGCAAUCCUACGCCGCGUACCAAAAGCUCCGCAUCCGCGAUGUGUUCAUCCGCUUCCUGGCCGAGAACGUGAGUAUGCUGGCCUUCCUGGGUAGCAUCCUGGUACUCCACUUCGGUGCCAACAAGCACGUGUACCCCUAUUUCGCCUUCGACGAUGGCGAAGAAUACGAUUUCGGGCUUACCUUCUACGCGUCCAGCAUCACAUGGGCGUGCGAGCUGACUGCGACCCUCGUGCUCCGGGGCUUGAUCAAGUGGUGUUUUGGCGUCAAUGCCGGCAUCGAAGGCAAGCUGGACUUCACCGUCUGGCCGGAACUGCUACCUACGAGUGUGGCUGUCAUGUUACAUGUGCUACAGAAUAUGCUGUUCUCCAUCAUUCGGUUGCACUUUCAUUAG